AUGAAAUUCCUUGAUAUUGCUUCACUUGAACCAAUAAAUGCUGCCUUGGUAUUUGAAAACCCGGAGUGUAGAGUUGUUGGUAGGAUAGAAACUUAUUCAUGCAAAUUGGCUGGAGUUGAUAAAAAACUUUACAAGAAUCUUGAAAGUCAAUGGAACAAUAAUUUAUCACAACAAAAUGCUCAAAGUGUUUCACCCGAUGCUCAUUCUUUUGAUACAAUAAUAUCACCUUUUGGUUCAAUGGAUCAACCUUCUUCACGAAGAACUUUGUUUAAUCUUAUUGCAACUUUGAAUGCUUCUUAUCCUGAUUAUGAUUUCUCUGACGUUAAACCCGAUCAAUUUACCAAACAACCGUCGGUUCCAAUGGUGUGCAAUUAUAUCAAUAACACUCUAUUUAAUCUAGGACGUGCUCACAUUAUCAAUGAUCUUAUGCUAUGGCAAACUGUUGAUGAUAUUAUUUUUUUGGACGAGUGUAACAUCUAUUCUUUCAAUCCUGACUCUGAUGCUGAUCCAAAUAGUGACGAUGGUGUUAUUACUACUGCACCAUUACAAGAAGAUGAACCUUUAGAUGAUACAAUUUCUGAAACAGAAAGUGAUAUAAA